CUAUCAAAAGAAGCUCAAGAUCAGAUGAGAAAGAUGCUGUGCCAGAAGGAAUCCAAUUACAUCCGUCUCAGAAGAGCAAAAAUGGACAAAUCCAUGUUCGUAAAAAUAAAAACAUUGGGAAUUGGUGCAUUUGGAGAAGUUUGCCUAGCAAGAAAAGUGGAUACCAAUGCCCUGUACGCAAUGAAAACCCUGAGGAAAAAAGAUGUGUUGUUACGAAACCAGGUAGCUCAUGUAAAAGCUGAGCGGGAUAUCCUUGCAGAAGCAGAUAAUGAGUGGGUAGUUAGAUUGUAUUACUCUUUUCAGGACAAAGACAACUUGUACUUUGUGAUGGACUAUAUUCCAGGAGGUGAUAUGAUGAGCUUACUCAUCAGAAUGGGUGUGUUCCAAGAAGACCUGGCUCAGUUUUACAUUGGAGAGCUAACUUGUGCAGUAGAAAGUGUUCACAAAAUGGGCUUCAUCCACAGAGAUAUUAAACCAGAUAACAUCUUAAUUGAUCGUGAUGGUCACAUCAAACUGACUGACUUUGGACUCUGCACUGGCUUUCGGUGGACUCAUGAUUCCAAAUACUACCAGAGUGGUGAUCAUGUACGCCAGGACAGCAUGGAUUUUAGUAAUGAAUGGGGUGACCCAGCAAACUGCAGAUGUGGUGACCGGCUAAAGCCACUGGAGAGAAGAGCAGCCCGCCAGCACCAGCGGUGUUUGGCACAUUCUUUAGUUGGGACACCUAAUUAUAUUGCACCAGAAGUAUUGUUGCGUACAGGAUAUACACAGUUGUGUGACUGGUGGAGUGUUGGUGUAAUUCUUUAUGAAAUGCUGGUUGGGCAACCUCCUUUUCUGGCGCAAACACCACUGGAAACCCAAAUUAAGGUUAUUAACUGGCAAACAACUCUUCAUAUUCAUCCUCAAGCAAAGCUAAGUUCAGAAGCUUCUGACCUCAUCAUUAAGUUGUGCCGUGGACCAGAAGAUCGUUUGGGCAAAAAUGGCACUGAUGAAAUAAAAGCACAUCCAUUUUUCAAAAGUAUAGAUUUUACUAGUGACUUGCGUCAGCAGCCAGCUUUGUAUAUACCUAAAAUUACCCAUCCCACCGACACCUCAAACUUUGACCCUGUUGAUCCAGACAAGUUGUGGAGCAGUGAAAAUCAGGAGGACAAUGUCAAUGACACAUUAAAUGGCUGGUAUAAGAAUGGAAAACAUCCAGAGCAUGCAUUUUAUGAGUUCACAUUCCGUAGGUUUUUUGAUGACAAUGGCUAUCCUUACAGUUACCCCAAACCUAUUGAAUAUGAAUACAGUGAUCCCAAAGACUUGGUAACAAAAUCAGAUGAUGCAGAAAAACAGAGCGGAGGAAGCCAGAGUCGUGAUUUGGUUUAUGUUUAAAUAUUUUGGACAGUCUCUUGGCCUUUCUUUGUGUUUUGUAGUAGGUUGCCCUGCAUUUGGGUCUAUGGGGAAAAUCAUGGUUGUUCUUAUGACAGACACUUUCAUAGAAUAUUUUCUUUGAUAAUGUAAAAAAAAAAUCUAUUAGCUUUUUUCCCCUAUUCUGAACCACUGAUUGCCCAUUUUGAAUAUUAAUUUAUUCGACCAUUGCAAACCACUGUGGUAUGAAAGUGGACAUUGUAAAUCUAAAAGGUGUAAUGUUUUUAAGUUAUUAGCUUUUAUCUUUUGAAUUCUUUGUACCUGAGGUACGCUUUUGUGGGAUAACAUAGAUACUUUAAAAAGCAGCACUAAGUAACCUUCCAUCAUGUAUAUAUACACUAAGCAUCUCAGUGAAACACCCCUUUCUUAGAGUGCCUUUAAGUUAAAGGACACUACUACUACUUUGCUUUGACCAAAAAUGAAACGGAUCAACUUGGCAUGUUUAAAAUAAGUUUCUUCAUUUAAGAAUAGUUACUAGUAUUCAUGUAUUUUCCUAAUUUAUACAUAUAAAUGUAUUUAUAAAUUAUGUGUUUAUGUAUAAACGUUUAAAAUUUUUUUGUAAAUAUAUUUUUCAUGUUUGAUUUAUAAUGACCUUCUAGCUUAGGGCAGGCCCUUUCACUUUACCUUCUAUAUUUUCUUAUGUACUUUUUAUAGAAAUUGUUUAGAUUGUACAGGACUCAAAAUCAAAUUGUUGUGGGCUUUUAUUAAAGCAUAAACUGUU